AAACAUGACAUCUCGCGUGUUCAUCACCGGCUCCACCGAUGGCAUCGGCCUCGCCGCCGCCAAACUUCUCACCCAACAAGGCCACAAAGUUACACUGCACGCCCGGAGUCAGGAUCGCGCGGCCCAAGCCAAAGCCGCCCUUCCCGAAGUCGAAGGCGUGCUCAUCGGCGACCUCACCAGCCUCGAAUCAAUCAAGUCCCUCGCCGCCGAAGCCAACAAGGCCGGACCCUGGAGCGCGGUUGUCCAUAACGCUGGCGUAGGAUUGUCUGGCACAGAAGGCGAGACGGGCGAUGGACUGGCCAAGACGUUUCAGGUGAACAGUCUGGCGCCGUAUGUGCUGACAGCGUUGAUGGAGAAGCCGAAGAAGCUGUUGUAUGUUUCUUCGAGUUUGCAUUUGAGUGGCGAUCCGAGUUUGAAGGAUGUGAAUUGGAAGGAGAGGAGUUUUGUGCCGAUGCAGGCGUAUAAUGAUAGCAAACUUCACAAUGUCCUUCUCGCGAACGCGGUGGCAAGGCACUGGCCAGACGUACAGAGCUGCUCGUAUGACCCGGGCUGGGUGAAGACUAAGCUGGGCGGAGGAAGUGCGCCAGGCAGCUCAGCGACAUCAGCUGAAGGGAUCGCGGCGUACAUCAACGGAAAGAGUGGUGCUGGCGAUCGGAGCGGUGUCUAUUUCAACGUCAGCGGUGCACAGUCACCACAGAAGGCCGCGACCGAAGAAGCAAAGCAGGAAGAGCUCUUGGCAAUCUACUCGAAGUUCUCGGGGAUCAGCCUUCCCAAGUGA